CUCUCUCUCGCGCGCGCUGACAGUUCGCAGCUCACGCGGGGUCAGGUCCACACAUUGGAUCUUUUCAGGAGAACGUGCGCAGCCCUCGCGCGCUGUUAUCUGCGCUGACGAGCUGCGACGGUGGACUGUUUAGCACCGCGUAGCCCUCACACAAACACAGGAGUUUAUUUUUGGCUUUUGCUGCGGGAUUUUAAUAUAGAGAACACUUGCUAUCUAAGGCACCAAUGAGGACUUCUGAAAAAAUGCUGAUUCGUUGGUGGUGGUUGCAGGGCGGUCACUAGGUCGCGGCUGUCUGUCAAGGCUAACAUGGAGCGCGAGGGCUCAUUUAGGAGGAUUUCGAGGAGUCUCCACAGCAAGCUGAGGUUAGGCAGUGGCUCAUCCUCCAGUCUGACCGACCUGUCGCAGGCGAGAACCCCAGCAGGAGGAGGAGGCGAUAAGGGAGGAAUAACUGGAGGACUGGCGGAGGAGUGCAGCAGGGACAAAGGGACCCAGCAGAGGAGGGCCGGUGCCAACGCCACCUGGAACGGCAUCCACAAUGCAGUGAUAUCAGUUUUCCAGAGGAAGGAUCUGGGGGAAAAUGAACUCUACACUCUGAAUGAAGGUGUCAGGCAGCUGCUGAAGACGGAGCUGGGCUCCUUCUUCACUGAGUACCUUCAGAACCAGUUGCUCACUAAAGGCAUGGUCAUACUGAGAGACAAGAUCCGCUUCUAUGAAGGUCAGAAAUUGCUGGACUCCCUGGCCGACACAUGGGACUUUUUCUUCUGCGAUGUUCUGUCCAUGCUGCAGGCCAUCUUCUAUCCCGUACAGGGAAAGGAGCCAUCAGUGCGUCAGUUGGCUCUGCUCCACUUCAGGAACAUCAUCACCUUGAACCUGAAACUGGACGAGGCUCUGUCCCGACCCCGAGCCAGAGUUCCUCCUUCUAUCAUACAGAUGCUGCUAAUACUACAGGGAGUCCAUGAAUCGAAAGGUGUAACGGACGACUACCUUCGUCUAGAGUCUCUCAUCCAGAAGGUGGUCUCUCCCUACCUCGGGACUCAUGGGUUAUAUUCCAGAGAUGGAUCUUCCAAUUUGCACUGCUCCUCUUGCCUAUUAGAAAAGCGUUUACAGCGCUCCUGGCCCUCCAAACCGGGCCACUCCCCCGUUGCCAAGAACCCAGUGGUACGCUCCAAGAGCUACAACGUUCCCAUGUUGACCCCCGUGGUGGAGUACGAUGCCGACUCGUCCGCAGGAGGUGGCACAGGUAUCAGACGACACUCCGUCUCUGAGAUGACGUCCUGCUUGGAGGAGAGCAGCUCUGCGGCUGAAUCCACCACCACUGCCACCAACAACACCAGCACAUCCAGCCUCACCAACCACUCUCCAACUUCCACAGCCUUUGUUGCACUUUCAGACACUGUGACCUCGAGCCAGGACCCACAGCCCAGAGAUGCCGACAGUCCUGCAGGCCCCGACCCUCUCCAGCCACAGCAUCACUUCCCCUGCAUCCUCCUGGAGCCUUCCCUAGGCGAGGACACGCACUGCACGGGUUCACUAGUGUCCAACUCCUCUGCAUCCUCCAGAGUACUGGCUCACGACACGAGCUCUGGUCCCAGUCCUGCGUCCAGUCCAGAUAUCAUGAUGGACCACGUCCUGGAGUCUUUGGACUCAGAGCCGGAGCACGACGGCAUCUUUCUGGACUUCUCCCGGCGCUGUUCCGGAGGGUCGACGCACAGCAGGGACAGCAACAGGCAGAGCGUGGUAUGACAGGAGAUACACGCUGAUGGAGGGACAUGUGCUGAGCCGUGACAUUCCUCACACCCUGUGACGCCUCCUGCUGUUUUAUGGAGACUCUCGCUCGUCAGGGAUUCUUUUUAAACUGACUUAUUUUUUAUAGGAUGUGGUCACCCAUCCCAAAAAAACGUGUCUAACCUCGUGUUGACUGGUAAACACAUCAAUUUGGCCUUUCUUGAAGGGUAUACCCCAGUUGGAAAAAUCAGCACAGGCCUCUCUUAAGAAUCUAUAAUCACAUAAAUCACUUGACUUUCAAACUAGACUACAGACGAGGGCUUUUGCUCUGAUGAUGGUGAUUUUUUUGAAUGAAUUAAAACUUAAAGUAUGGGCAGUGAUGGGAAGGUGCACAUGCAGAAAAAUGAAAUCAAAUUCAAACUUUUAACGUUUAAAAUGUAAAAAAAAAACUCAGUUUGUGUUUCUUCUAUUUUGUUGGUUGGUUAUUUUAUUAAUUGAUAAUAAAAAUAUUAAUUUUG